AUGGGAAACAAAAACUCUAACACAAGAUCGCAGAGCCAAGGCCCCAACCAACAGCCCCAGAUUUUAGUACAGCAACAUCAGCAACGAAUGAAUCGUCGAGCUUCUGAAUUCAAGUCAAGGUCCAGUGAUCUACCAGGUGAGUCUUUAUAUGUAAUAUCAUUACUCUUUAACUUUUAUCAAAUUUAUAAUAAUCAAUAAUUUUAUCAACCAUCUCUCAAUGUAAUCACUGCCAUUUUAAUUGAAUUCUCGACAGUUUCAGACCGUCCCUCCCUCACCGUGCCAGACACUUCUCGAGUCAAUCGUAAGUUGCCCUUUUCUAAUUGACUCUGCUUUAGGGCGUCGCUGGUCAAGCACGGCGGUUGUGAUGCAGAGAAACAGCACGACUAAGCCUAAGAGGUUAGCCCCCAGGCAACGAAAUCUGAUUAUCAAAUCUUGGAGUAAGACCAACAAAAACAAAGUGGGCAAGGAUAUUUUCUACGGUAAUGUUUAUCGAGUUGUUUUUACUGUGCUAUGAGAUUGCUUACUUGUUUUACUGCAUUUUAGCGUUAUUUACUUGUGUAUUUUACUGUUUUAUAGUGUUAUUUACUUGUUAAUCCUGCUUUAUCUUAUUCUUUGGUCAAAAAAAUAGUAGAAGAAGUAAAACGAAGUACCAAGUUUACAGAAAAGAAAACUAUGUAAACUUAUUAUAUCACUAAAUUUAAAAAAAAUUUUUUUUAUAUAAUAUGUUACCUAAUUUAAAAGAAAUUUAAGUCAAAUUUAACCCUCCUUUAUGUUACUACUUUCGACUCAUUAGUAGUAAACGUUUAACAAUGUUAUACUGUUGACUUUCAGCCAUUUUCUCCGAAGCCGAGGAAUUGAAGCCAAUUUUCGGAAUCAACUCGGCUUACAGAAGCAAAAAACUCCGAAAUGACCCCAAAUUCAUUUCACAUUCGGACCUGUUCAUCGACACUUUCGACUUUGUCAUCCGCAACCUGGACGACAUCAGUAUGGUGACAGAGAAUGCCGAGCAGUUAGGAAAGUAGGUGGUCGAAAAGUUGAUAGAAGCACUAAAAAAGUUGAAAUUGGGCAAAUUAUGCAAAUUUUUUUAAAUUUAAAAAACAGUUAUAAGACCCCAAAUAGCGUGUCAUAACAUCAAAAAUUUAAUUCGAAAAAAUGGCGCAACUUUAUUCUGUUUAAAACUAAAAUAUUGUCUGAACUUCAGAAUCCUGUUUUCAGAAAACACGCAAAUCUGAAGAUCAAAGACUUCAAAACCGAGUAUUGGCACAUCUUCACCGAGUGUAUCGUGGAGAACAUUACAAAGGAGAUGGACAAAGAAACCCAAAUUGCCUGGAGGCAAUUAGUGCUCACCCUCACUUUCUAUAUGAAGUAAUUAUCUUGUUAUUGUAUCCCAAAUUAGGUCAAAAGACUACACUAAUCUUUGUAGAACUAUUAUUUCUAAAAUAAUAUUAUUUUAGGCUGGGAUUCGAACGAGAAACUCUGAGAAUCAGCAGAGACAACACCAAAAAGUACAGUAUCUCCCCAGAACUACGAGACUUUCCAGUUAUGUUAUUGCCUUGA